AUGCCGGGCCUUCUCGUAGCGUGGUGGAGUAUCUGGUGCGGCACUCUUCUCGUCUUCAAUGACCCGGAACGGGAUUUCCAACGGAUCGAGCGGCGCUGUCUAGGCGCAGAACCCAACAAGGCUGCAGGCCAGGACGGGAAUGCCGUCACGGAUAGCACCUCGAAGGAGCCCACGUUGGAGGAGCUUCUGGUGUGGCAGCCAUAUCCCCAGGGGCUGGUACACCGAUUGAAUUGGGCCCUCGGCCUACUUUUUAACAUGCGUGGCCCUGAAUGGAACUGGCGUCUGCCCACCAUGGAUGCUCUGCCGCUGUCGGUGCAAGCGCAGCUGGGCUCCUCCCCGUCCGUUAGGAAACCGUGGUCAGCGACUCCCGCGACGGGCACUGUGGACGGACGGUCCCGUUUGCACGCCGCCUUCAUGAAUUGUCUCAAGGCCUAUCUCCUUUUGGACGUGGUCAAGGUGCUCAUGAUGCGCGACCCUUACUUCCUCACAGGCACCGUAUCCUCGCCGCCACCCGCUCCUUUCCCAAUCAGCGCCGUACUCCCGGACCUCCCGUGGGCAAUCCGCAUCUACCGGCUCUUCUUAGCUGGCAUCGGUGUUUUCGCGGCCUUGAGCUACGUGACAGCCUUCAACCCAAUCAUCUUCCUCGGCCUGUCACUCAGGUUCCCCAACGCCGCCCGCUCCCUCACUGCAGCCCCCCUUGACGCCCCGUGGCUUUACCCCUCCGCCUUCGGCUCCUUCCUCCCCUCUCUCCUGGACCACGGCCUCGCCGGCUGCUGGGUCCUAUGGUGGCACCAGCUCUUCCGAUUUGGAUUCGCCUCAUCCGCCAAAUGGCUCCUGUCCCACCUCUGUCCCACCAGACUAGCCACCAACCGCACCGUUCGCCGAAUCGCAACGACCGUGAUCGGGUUUGGGCUGAGUGGCCUGGUUCAUGCCUGCGGCAGCUACACACAGAUUGCCGAGACGCACCCCAUCCGCGACACGUGCUGCUUCUUCCUCCUGCAAGCCGUCGGCAUCAUCAUCCAGGGCAUCCUCUCUUCCGCAUGCUCAUCCAUCUUCUUCCCCUCCCCGCAUCACCCCCCACCGAGGUGGUUGCGCCGCACUGUCAAUCUGCUGUUCGUUUUCGCCUGGCUGGCCUGGUCGGGCCCGCUCGUGGUAGAUGAUUUCGCUCGCAGUGGGCUGUUCCUGACGGAGCCGCUGCCGAUGUAA